CGUGUAAUGCGGAGGCAGUCAGUCCGUCAUGGCAUCGCGGUUGAAUACGGUAGAAAGUAUAUCGUGUCGGUCACACAGUACACAAAACAUGCCGUCUGAUCCCGGAAUCGCAGAGGAGUCAAGUGAAAGUGAAGCAGAGGUGGAAGAAGCAAGAUCAUAUCAUAGGAAGAUCUCAACUUCGAAGCAGAUACAGGUUUCGGUUUGCAUAAAGGAUGGUUAUCUUAUGAAACAGACCAGUUCAUUCCAGCGGUGGAGAAAACGAUACUUCAAGUUGAAAGGAAGAAAACUUUACUAUGCAAAUGACACUAAGUCCGUCGUAUUUGAUGAGGUUGACCUGACCGAUCUCAGUGUGGCAGAGUGCAGCACCAAGAAUGCCAACAACAGCUUCACGGUAAUUACGCCAUUCCGCAGCCUCAUACUCUGUGCCGACAGCCGGAAAGAGAUGGAGGACUGGAUUGCGGCGUUACGGUCUGCAGGAAACAGAGAGUUCUAUGACCCGAAUAUGGAGCAUCCGGAUUUCUCAGGUCAGCACAACUGGUAUGCGUGUUCUCACGCGCGUCCGACUUACUGCAACGUCUGCAGGGAAGCGUUAUCAGGAGUCACAUCCCACGGUCUUUCAUGCGAAGUGUGCAAGUUGAAAACACAUAAAAGAUGUGCUGUGAAGGCCGUCACCACCUGCAAGUGGACAACUCUAGCUUCGAUAGGAAAAGAGAUUAUUGAGGAUGAUGAUGGGCAGAUAACGAUGUCACAUCAGUGGGUGGAGGGAAAUCUACCAGUCAGUGCUAAGUGCGUCGUCUGUGAUAAAACCUGUGGCUCAGUAUUACGGCUGCAGGAUUGGCGCUGUCUCUGGUGCAAAGCCUUGGUGCAUACAUCCUGCAGGUCAGCUAUCCCAGUCGGCUGUCCGCUGGGACUCUGCAAGGUCUCUGUCAUGCCGCCCACCUCACUCACUUCCAUAGAGACAGAUCUAGAGGAUGAGGUCACGCCGCCUGUCGGCUGCAGUCCUUUGCUCGUGUUUGUCAACUCUAAGAGCGGUGACAACCAGGGCGUGAAGUUUCUUCAUCGGUUCCGGCAGAAUCUCAACCCAGCGCAAGUGUAUGAUCUCAUGAAUGGGGGACCUAGCUUUGGGUUAAGGUUGUUUCGUCGUUUCCACUCGUUUCGUUUACUCGUCUGCGGCGGCGACGGCAGCAUCGGAUGGGUUUUUAACGAGAUUGACAAACUAAGGCUCAUCAAUAAGUGCAGGAUAGCGGUGCUGCCUCUGGGGACGGGUAACGACCUCGCGCGCGUGCUCGGCUGGGGCGGGCUCGUCGAUGACGACACGCAUCUCAGCCAGCUCAUCGAGAGAUACGAGAUGGCCAGAACGAAGAUGCUGGACAGGUGGAGUCUGAUGACAUACGAAGGACCCCUAGUCGAUCCAAAGGCUAACCUUGCUUUUCGAAACGAGCUGUGUGAGCCUAUUGCAGCAUACGAGGAUUCUGUUGCCGCCCACCUAUCAAAGAUUUUGCAUUCCGAUCAACACUCUGUAGUCAUAUCGUCAGCCAAGAUAUUAUGUGAGACUAUUAAAGACUUCGUAGCGAAAGUCGAUGCUUCUUGUGAGCAUGAAGAACCAAUAGACGACUGUAAAGAUGAGAAAGAUGAUUCCAUAUCAAGAAAGUGCUCUGUUCUAAAUGAGAAGCUGAACUCUCUACUGAAUACUCUGAGUGAAGAAUCUAAAGCGUCACAGGAAACGAGGUCUGCUAGUACGUCUGUCGCCGUGCAAGAAACCAUGGCAACAAAACAGGACGCACCUACUAAACAUCACGUUUUCAAGCCAAGAGAUGCCCUCAUGUCUCGCGCGAACAGCCUGAAGAAGGCAGUACGGCAAAUCAUCGAACACACAGAGAGAGCAGUCGACGAACAGAACGAGCAAACUAGUAAGAACAGAGUGCUUUCCGCGCUAUCGGAGGAGCACGCUACGACUUCCUAUAGGGUUACCGCGGAGACGAUACACGAAUACGAGGAAACCGAUAACAAGCAUUCUUCGACGAGUGCGGUUCCAAACAUUGCCGUUCACGGACCGACCUACGCGGGCUACCAUGCAGAAUGUGUCUCAGAUGAGGAGGAGGAGGAGGAGGACACGUUGCGUGGGCUGGAGCCACUGCGGUUUCGUAAUCUCACUGAUGUCUUCACGUUAGGUUUCACGAGGCCGCCACCGCCGGUAGAAAAGAGUCCGAAUGCAUCGCGUCGCAUCAGCAGCGGAAGCACGUUCAGCAAAGCCAUGCGUUCGACCUCACCCAAAGACAUACCUCCCGGUUCACUAGAAAACAUUCCACUCUUCAACCCUACGUUCCCCGCAAUGUCGCUGUUCCCAAAAUUGCCCAGAGUUCAUUCACCUGCCAGCAGUGUCGUCGGGGGCCUUGUAAGUAAGGUGCUAUUGGCCAAUGCGGAUGCCUUAUGUGCUGCUGCUGUACCAAUGAUGGACUCCACCGAUGAUGCACUAGAUGGUUACCAGGAGAAGUCUGUAAUGAAUAAUUACUUUGGCAUUGGUCUCGAUGCUAAAAUUACUCUUGACUUCCAUAACCGACGGGAGGAGCACCCGGAGAAAUGCAGAAGCCGGACGAAGAAUCUCAUGUGGUACGGUAUGCUGGGCACAAAGGAGCUACUGCAGAGGUCCUACAAGAAUCUAGAGCAACGUGUGCAUCUCGAGUGUGACGGUACAGCCAUUCCAUUGCCUAGUCUUCAGGGAAUAGUGGUUCUAAACAUUCCAAGCUACAUGGGAGGCAUUCACUUUUGGGGAGGUGACAAGGAAGACGACAACUUCACCGCUCCAGCCUGCGAUGAUCGCAUACUUGAAGUGAUGGCUGUUUUCGGCAGUGCCCACAUGGGUGCAGCACGUGUUAUGGCGCUUCAACAUCAUAGGAUAGCGAGUUUGAGAUGAGCCUGAGAGAGUGGAAGGACAAACAUGUGGUUCCCCGACCUAAAGAAGUUGUACCGACUAUUACAGAAGAAGAAGUAACAUUGUCUGCAGAGUUUGUGGAGGUGGCGACCAUGCUUAUUCGUAGUGUGAAAGUGGCCUGCAUCAGCAGUAGUCAUGUGGAGAGGUACCUACUGCAUUCUGCCACAGAAGCUGCCAACAACGUCAGCAAGCUGUUUCCUGGUGGGCGUCUUGCUGAAGGGAUAGCUUCGUAUGGACCAUGCGGCCAGCAGUAUGAAAUGUUUCAGCUGCCCGUGCGCAAGCAGCUAUACGAACUCGUGCAGUCAGUGCGGAGGCUUCAGGAAGCUUCCAUCCACUUUCUCACGGAGAAAGUCGGCGAACUGGAGUUGAGACCUCAACUAGUAGAGAGUAUCAGUGCAGCCUUGGACCGGAUUGAAGUGGAAUUGAAGAAGGUUGUAGAAACUGACUGCCUUGCAUAUUUUCAUGAAGAAGAGCAUGUUGAUAUAAAGAAGAAAAAGCAUGGAGGAGGAAUUUUCAAGUUGAAGUUUGGAAGGCACCGUUCUAAAGAGAAGUUAUCAGGUUCCUCCGUAGCCAACUGGGAUACGUCGGCUGUAGCUUCAUGGUUAGAUACGCUAGGUCUGGGCGACUAUAGGGAAGCAUUUAUAGGAAAUGAUGUCUGUGGACCAGAAUUGUUAACGCUGCAAAGAAGAGACCUAAAGGAUCUAGGUGUGCACAAGGUUGGACAUAUCAAGCGUAUACAGCAGGCAAUCAAGGACCUUUCGAUGAAGACUGUUCUUCCUGACAAGACAUCUUCUGCAUCAAUGUAAUGGUGCUAUUAGCAAUGUAUAUAUCUCGCUUGCCUUUAUUACACGUGAACAUAUGUGUUCAUCUCUUUGUUAUGACCAUCGUAGCUUUUUUCGUACAUGAUGUCUGCAUGCUUCUCCUCGUCACACCCCAUCUCUCUCUCACGCACGCACGUACGCACACGUAUAUAUUUACCUCUUCUCAUUAAGUGCUUUUACGUGUAUGGCUUCCCCUUCGUCUUAUCCUCUUCCUUCUCCUCUCCCUCUUCCUUCUCCGCCCCUCUUCUUUCCUCCGCCUUUCUUCCUGGACCUCAUCAGCCUUCCAUUUACAUAAUUGUAUGCCCUAAUUAUCCUCGUGAUUAUUACACCGUUACACUAAUAGCAAACACUCCGUGGUUUAUUUAUUUGCAGCAAUAAAGUGAAAUUAUGAGUGAAUCUAUUAUGAGAGCCUUAUAUAAGAAUAUGAUCUGUGUGUCGGUAAUGUUUUUUUAUAAACAGACAAAAUAUUACGCGUCCCCCAUAAUGCAAAGAUUUUGCGUUUCUAUAUCGUAGGUUUUGUGUAGCAUACAGUGUAUUCAUAGAUAUAAUAUUAUUCACCGUUGAUUACUGAAUGUCUGUAUACUUGUGGUUCUAGUGGUUAUUUUUUUGCACUAUAAACGGAAACAGUAUUAUUAUGUGCAAGCGUUAUUUCUAAUAAUGUUUCAGGAGUGUGUUUUGUAUGACAAGUGUGGCUAUGUGAAUACAUGUUAAAAUUGUUUUAGUCUUCACUUUCGUUUUGAGAAAAAAGGACUAUGCAAUGAAAUUCACAUCAUACCGUUGGUAGGCUGUUCGCAAUAUCUCAUUCAAGGAAAAGGAACAUGAAUUGUUCGUAUUCGAAGUACAGAUCAAGUCCAAACGUGGAUGCCAAUGGUGAAAUAUUAAACAGUUAUUUGAUUCGCUUCAUUAUCAGCUCGUACCGGAAAACGCUCUGCCAUAAACAUUAUGCGGUUGAUAUUAGCAGGAGUGAAUGAUACCUAUAAUAGGUAUUAUUAGCUCUUGAUUAUUAUUUAGGCAAAAGUAGCUGUAUAGCCAGGGGCGUAGCCAGUAUGUAGCACUGUAGGCCCGGGCCUACACUUUUUUUGGCCAAGUUAUCUUUU